UCAUGUAAAGAGGAGAUAAAGUCUUCUACAAGGCCAGCCACAAAACCUAUGUCCCCAUCUGACUUUCUGGACAAGCUGAUGGGAAGAACCUCCGGCUACGACGCUCGAAUCAGACCUAACUUCAAAGGUGCGACACAAAGGCCUGCAGUAAAUGUCACCUGUAAUAUUUUCAUCAACAGUUUUGGGUCCAUUACUGAAACAACAAUGGAUUAUAGACUUAACGUUUUUCUACGGCAACAGUGGAAUGAUCCUCGAUUGGCCUAUAGUGAAUAUCCUGAUGCAUCACUAGACCUGGACCCUUCUAUGCUGGACUCCAUAUGGAAACCUGACCUGUUUUUUGCUAAUGAGAAAGGAGCAAACUUCCAUGAAGUCACAACAGACAACAAGCUACUGAGGAUCUUUCAGAAUGGGAAUGUUCUAUACAGCAUUAGGCUAACACUCAUCCUGUCCUGUCCCAUGGACUUGAAGAAUUUCCCAAUGGAUAUUCAGACCUGUACCAUGCAGUUAGAAAGCUUUGGCUACACCAUGAAUGAUCUGAUCUUCGAGUGGCUUUCUGAUAGCCCAGUGCAGGUAGCAGAUGACUUGACUCUUCCCCAGUUUGUACUGAAGGAGGAAAAAGAUCUUGGCCACUGCACCAAACAUUACAACACAGGUAAAUUCACCUGUAUUGAGGUGAAGUUUCACUUAGAGAGACAGAUGGGCUAUUAUCUCAUUCAGAUGUACAUUCCCAGCCUGUUGAUUGUCAUCCUGUCUUGGGUGUCUUUCUGGAUCAACAUGGAUGCCGCCCCUGCUCGAGUGGGCUUGGGUAUUACCACUGUGCUGACCAUGACCACCCAGAGCUCAGGCUCACGAGCCUCUCUACCCAAGGUUUCCUACGUGAAGGCCAUUGACAUCUGGAUGGCUGUCUGUCUGCUGUUUGUGUUUGCGGCACUGCUGGAGUACGCAGCAGUCAACUUUGUCUCAAGGCAACAUAAGGAGUUCAUCAGGCUGCGUAAGAAGCAGCGAAGGAACAGAAUAGAGGAGGAGCUUGUUCGGGAAAGUCGGGGCUUUUACUUCCGUGGGUAUGGAUUGGGUCAUUGCCUACAAUCUAAGGAUGGGACAACUGUGGGAGCUUCCACCGUAUUCACCCCACCACCCCCAGUGCAAGUGCUGUACGAUGGGGAUGCAGUCCGAAAGCGCUUUGUGGACCGAGCUAAACGAAUUGAUACCAUAUCCAGAGCCGUGUUUCCUCUCAGCUUCCUUAUAUUCAACAUCUUCUACUGGAUCACCUACAAAGUGCUGCGACACGAGGACAUCCAUGCCAACCUGUAAUCAUCUCUCCUGGUUACGGCACUUAUUCAUUUUACUGCUUCUUUUCUUUACUUGUCUCUUUCUUUGAACCAAAACCGCCUGUCAUAUCCACACUAGAAUUGUAUUUCAAAAUCAUUUUCACGCCAGAAAUGCCAUCAGUGCUAAAACCUUGUGCUCAGGUGAGACUUCUGGAUUUCAAAAAGAACAUAAAGUGCCCACUCAAACUGACAAGGGGGCUCGUAGAUGCAAAUACUGUUGGGGACCUGGCUCUCCCUUCGUUCACAUCUUAAUUUGAGUGGAUUGCACUACUAGCUAUUGUCCUCACUUUGUCAGCUCCAUCUGAGUUAUCGGCUGAAAUGUUUUGUUCUUUUUCGGAUAGAAAAUAUUGACUUGAAUUUUAUCACAAGAUGCAACCUUGAAUGAAUGUUUUUAAAAACCUCAAAACAAAUGUGUUUUUACACUUCAAAAUGCCAAACUAAUGGGCUAUUAAGGCGAGGGUUUGGAUUUACUAUUCAUGGGUACAGGUACAGAGGGAUGAUGUACUGUUUUAUUAAUAUGAGAUUAUAAAUAUAUAUGAGUGUAUAAAGUGUACAUAUGCACAGUUGUUCACAGACUGCAGACAGCACAAAUGUGUAUUACU